CACGUGCUCAAACCCGGAAGUGGACAAGCACGCCGCCGUGUGAGGAGCUGCUCGAGGUCCAGAGUCUCUUCUGCUGUGUGGCGUCAUGUCGGCGGUCAGCUGUGUACCUGGUCAGUUUGAUGACGUAGAGGAGGACAGCAACCAAUCAGAGCUGUUUGCUGCAAGGCAUCACAUUAGUGAUGUCACUAUGCAGCCUUCAUCAGACCCACCGGAGGAGGAGGAAGAUGACUAUGAGGAUGACUAUGAUGAUGAAGAGGAGGAGUGGGUGUGGGGUUCAGCAGGAGGAGAUCUCACCAAAAGAUACAACAGGACAACAGUCAGCUGUCAGUCCAACAGACAGAAUCCAUCCAAUAAGACGCUGCAGUCGACUCCGUCUGACAAAGCUCUGAGGAAAUAUGAACACAAGAUCAACCUGGACAAACUGAAUUAUGCAGAUUCGGUGAUCAAUAAAGUGACGACGAUGCAGAAACAGAAGGAAGCCGACACGUACCGAGUGAAGGACAAAUCUGACCGAGCCACAGUGGAACAGGUUUUAGAUCCUCGAACUCGAAUGAUUCUCUUUAAGAUGUUGAGUCGAGGAGUCAUCUGUGAAAUCAAUGGCUGCAUUAGUACAGGGAAGGAGGCGAAUGUUUAUCACGCCAGCACCUCUGCUGGAGAAAGCCGAGCGAUUAAGAUCUACAAGACCUCCAUCCUGCUCUUUAAGGACCGAGACAAAUACGUCAGUGGAGAGUUCAGGUUCCGUCACGGUUACUGUAAAGGAAACCCCAGGAAGAUGGUGAGAACCUGGGCAGAGAAGGAGAUGAGGAACCUCAUCAGGCUGCAGACGGCAGGAAUCCCGAGUCCAGAACCAAAGCUGCUCAGAAGUCACGUUCUGCUGAUGAGCUUCAUCGGAAAAGACAACCUGCCGGCUCCUCUGUUGAAGAACGCAGCUCUAUCGGAGUCAAAGGCCCGUGAGCUCUACCUGGAGGUUCUGCAGAACAUGAGAAAGAUGUUCCAGGAGGCUCGACUCGUCCACGCUGACCUCAGCGAGUUCAACAUGCUAUACCACAAUGGAGGCGCUUACAUCAUUGACGUGUCCCAGUCGGUGGAGCACGAUCAUCCUCAUGCUCUGGAGUUCCUCAGGAAGGACUGCAGUAAUGUCAAUGAGUUCUUUGUGCGGCGUGGCGUCGCCGUGAUGACGGUCAGAGAGCUGUUUGACUUCAUCACCGACCCCUCCAUCACUUGCCACAACAUCGACCAAUACCUGGAGAAGGCGAUGGCGAUCGCCACCGAGCGGACCUCAGAGGAGCGUUCGGAUCAGGACGGAGUGGACGAGGAGGUGUUUAAGAAGGCCUACAUACCCCGCACGCUGACGGAGGUGAGCCACUACGAACGAGACGUAGACCUGAUGAGGACAAAGGAGGAGGAGUCGGCCGUCUGUGGACACAAUGACAACGUUCUGUACCAGACGCUGACCGGACUGAGGAAGGAUCUGUCUGGAGUUCAAACGGUACCGGCGCUCCUGGAAAAUGACCAGUCUUCGUCCUCGCCGGAUGAAGAAGAAGAGGAAGAAGAGGAAACUGUGGGGGAGCAGAGUGAGGAAGCCCAGAUAGACAAAAAGGGACGGAAUCCACUGGGACAGAAUCCACAGGGACGGAAUCCACAGGGACGGAAUCCACAGGGACGGAAUCCACAGGGACGGAUAUGUAAUUAAGGGACGUGAAGCAGUUGUAGAAAAGAAAUCCGACCACCAGGACGCACACGGAUAAAUACAUCAAGCUCGCCGUGUUAUGAAAAGUUAACGAGGAAGUGGAUUAAAAAAGGACAUUUUAUUUUGGAUAGCCCUAAAUCACACUCUGUACACAUGCGACGUCCUCUGUCCCGAAGCGUCACAUCGGCACAGGAACAAAAAUGAAAAGCCUUCAUGGAGAAGAAAGACAUCCGUCUCCUGAUGGACAAUGUCCAAGAUGUAUAAUACGUUUAGUUCCUAUAACAGAAAUGAUUCAAAUAAUUGUAAGUAGUAACACGGCAGGAACAAGAACCACCAUCAUCAGAUAGAACCAAAGCACAAAGACUGGUUUAUGACAGUAAUAUGAUUCAUAUUUCAAAUGAUAUUGGUCUUCCUGACAAAUAAUGGCUUGUGUGAUGUGUUGUGAAGUCUUUCCUCAACACACUAGGUUCAUCGGGGUAUCUUAUAUAAAUGAUGGUAUGGUAUUUAUAUAAUAUGGUAUUUGUAUAUUCAUGUAUGAAUAAGAUGUCCUUGUUAUGUUGUUACUGAACCACAAACUACUAAGAAUAAAUGUUAAUAUCAGAGUAAUAACGCAUUGAAUCGUAGAAACUAGAGGCCUAACCAAAAAAGAAUUCCACCAGCCGCCACUGUUUAUUUGUCUUUGACAUGUAAAUAAAAAGUA